GACCAUGGCCUCCCGCUCGGUUGGCACCUUGCUUAAAGGCAACAAUAGCGCCUACGUGCCGGCCAGCCUCAUGCCUGGGUAUCAGGGUCAUGUUCCAACUGUGGCCUUCUCCUUUGGGGAUACCUAUGGCAACACCACCUAUAAGUAUUUCCAAGAUUGCCGAAAUUCAGUCAUGGGUAGCAGCCAUUGUUUCUCCAGGAAAGGAGGCCAGUUCCCGACACUUUUCUCUCGAAAUCCCAACCUGGCACUGGGUGACCGCUCCCGUACCCAGGACCGCUGGCUGCAUACACCCACCCACACGCGCUAUAACCUUGACUGCAACAGAUCUGCAGAGCUGAAGCAAUUCUACCAGCUGGCACAGCUGCACCGAGAACAAUACCGAGACAAGUCGGGCACCAUGAACCGGGUUACUUACUUUGUGCUGCCUGCGAAGGAGAAGGAUCGUCGUUCUCUGCCUACUGCCCUGAGCAGAACUCAGAACCCGGAAAUGGUCCAGAAUUUAAACUAAUCUCCAAGGCCUUAAGAGACCACCGUUGUCCCCAAGAAAAAAGUGGCACCUGUUUAGAAUGGCCCCUGAGAACCUGAAGACGUAUCAAACAUUCCC